AUGAUGGCAUUCCAGUUGCCAUUCUCAGUGAUCGUUAUACUAGCGGUGGCACCGGUGCUCAUAUUAUGUCAACCCUCAGCCACCUCUGGUGAUACACACUGUGACAACAGUCACUGCCCACAAGUAGAUCCCAAGAAGUUGAACGUACAUCUGGUUCUCCACACUCACGAUGACGUUGGAUGGACUAAGACAGUCGACCAAUACUUCUAUGGCUCGCAUACCAGUGACAUCUGGAAGGCAGGCGUUCAGUAUAUCAUCGAUUCUGUGGUGCAAUCGCUUCUGGAGGACCCAAAUCGGAAGUUCAUAUACGUUGAAACGGCAUUCUUCUGGAAGUGGUGGAAACAACAGACUCAUGAACUCCAGGAAAAAGUUAAGAAUCUGGUCAAUACAGGUCAAUUAGAGUUCAUCGGGGGUGGGAUGAGUAUGAAUGACGAGGCGGCUGCACAUUACCACUCUAUCAUAGACCAGAUGACAUGGGGUCACCGGCGCCUACAGGACACGUUUGGACGGUGCGGUAUACCGUCGAUCGGGUGGCAAAUAGACCCGUUUGGCCACAGCCGAGAACAGGCCAACCUAUUCGCACAAAUGGGUUUCAACGCUAUGUUUUUCAUGCGAUUGGACUAUCAGGACAGGGAUCUGAGAAAGGCUGAGAAGCGCAUGGAGUUGAUAUGGCAGGGAAGCGAUGACCUGGGAAGUGCUUCAGACAUAUUCGCACAUAUUAUGGAUGUGGGCUCAGGAUAUGGUAUGAAUCGACGGAUCAAUGAUAUGUCUAUUUAUGUCCACACGAGUCCCGUUCCCGGAUUCAAUUGGGACGUAGCGAUGCAGCCAUUCGGUGGCGCCGACGACCCCUUUGUCGACGACCCCGAGUCUGAGGACUAUAAUGUGAACGAAAUUGUGGACAAAUUCAUAAACUUUGUGAACCAAUAUUCCGUCUUUUAUGGCACUAAUAACGUGAUGCUCCCAAUGGGCACAGACUUCUACUUCCAAACGGCCGGCCCCUGGUUUAAGAAUAUGGAUAAACUCAUCAAAUAUGUGAACGCGAGACAAGUGAACGGCUCUAAUAUUAACGCUUUCUACUCAACCCCGUCCUGUUAUGCUCAUGGGGUGCAUAUGGCUAACCAUACCCUCACCACCAAAAGGGACGACUUCUUCCCGCACGCAAACAAACCGCACGCCUAUUGGACGGGAUAUUACACGAGUAGACCCGCUUUGAAACGCUAUGAAAAAGUCGGCAAUAAUUUCCUUCAGGUCUGCAAACAGUUGGAUGUUUUAAGUUUGAAUAAUGGAGUUAAUGAUGAAGUGAUAUCUGGUUUGAGGGAAUGGAUGGGUGUUUUGCAACAUCACGACGCCGUCUCCGGUACUGAAACUCAACGCGUGGCUAAUAAUUAUGCGCUUAAAUUGUAUAAAACUAUUGAAAAAUGUCAGUCAGUUGUCAAUCAGUCACUGAAUACAUUGAUUGCAAAAUCUGAUCCGACAUUAAAUCAAUUAUUUUGUAACGCUUUGAAUGUGAGCGCCUGUGCUGUCACUGAAGGCACUGAUAAUCUGGCGGUUACUAUAUAUAACCCUUUCGGACAUAAUGUCAAUCCAGUUAUCAGACUACCCGUCACUUCGAAAGCCUACAAAGUUUUAGAUCCGAAGGGAACUGCAGUCAAAUCAGAUAUCGUUCCCAUUCCUCCCGCUGUACUGAAUUUGGCGGAAAGGGUUAGAGCCUACAAAGUUUUAGAUCCGAAGGGAACUGCAGUCAAAUCAGAUAUCGUUCCCAUUCCUCCCGCUGUACUGAAUUUGGCGGAAAGGGUUAGUAAAGCAAAGGAUGAACUCGUGUUUGAAGCACAGGUACCGGCCCUUGGAUUUGCAACUUAUCUGUUGAAAGCAAACGGACCACAGAAUGGCGUAAAUGAAGCGAAAGUGACUAAAAUAACGGAAGCCUUUGCCGUAAAAUCUAAAUCUAUGAACAUUUUAUUUGACAAAACGGUUUUAAAUACUAUAAGGCAAAGGACAAUACUGGUGCUGAGCAACAAGCUUCUGGAGCUUAUGAAAUGCAAAUCAGUUGUCAAUCAGUCACUGAAUACAUUGAUUGCAAAAUCUGAUCCGACAUUAAAUCAAUUAUUUUGUAACGCUUUGAAUGUGAGCGCCUGUGCUGUCACUGAAGGCACUGAUAAUCUGGCGGUUACUGUAUAUAACCCUUUCGGACAUAAUGUCAAUCCAGUUAUCAGACUACCCGUCACUACAAAGAAUUAUAAAGUGUUGGAUCCGAAAGGAAAAGAUGUCAAAUCAGAUAUCGUUCCCAUUCCUCCCGCUGUACUGAAUUUGGCGGAAAGGGUUAGUAAAGCAAAGGAUAAACUCGUGUUUGAAGCACAGGUACCGGCCCUUGGAUUUGCAACUUAUCUGUUGAAAGCAAACGGACCACAGAAUGGAGUAAAUGAGGCGAAAGUGACUAAAAUAACGGAAGCCUUUGCCGUAAAAUCUAAAUCUAUGAACAUUUUAUUCGACAAAACGGGUGCUUUGAAUGCAAUUCAGUUGAACAAUGGAAAGACAAUUGAAUUUAAACAUAGUUUUAAAUACUAUAAGGCAAAGGACAAUACUGGUGCUGAGCAACAAGCUUCUGGAGCUUAUGUGUUCAGACCGGAUGGCAAUACACCGCUGGACUAUAAAUCAGAACUUCAAUCAGAAUUAGUGGAGACAUCAGAUGUUAAGGAAGUCCGCCAAUCGAUUGGAGACUAUAUUUCACAAGUGAUCAGAAUUACACCAAACAAUCGGCAAAGAGAUUAUCUCUCGAUGGGAGACAAACCUCACCACAAAUGGUCUCUUCUAAUCGGACCCAUUCCUGUGGACGACAAGAUCGGCAAAGAGAUUAUCUCUCGAUGGGAGACAAACCUCACCACAAAUGGUCUCUUUUAUACCGACGCCAAUGGACGACAACUACUGGAGAGAAAGCGUGAUUUCAGGCCCACUUGGGUCGUGAAUAUUACAGAACCAGUUUCAGGAAACUAUUAUCCCGUCAACAGUCGGAUAAUCAUUAAAGAUGUCAAACAAGACAUUCAAAUGACUGUUUUGAACGACAGAUCACAGGGAGGAUCGAGUAUUAAAGACGGAAGCGUUGAGCUAAUGGUUCAUAGGAGAGACAUCUUUGAUGAUUCUUUUGGUGUUUGGGAAGCACUCAAUGAGUCGGGAGUUGAUGGGAAAGGGUUACAAAUUAAAGGCAAGUUUUGGGUGAUUUUGUCCAAUAUUUCGGACUCAACUGAAUUUCACAGACAUAUGGCACAGACUGUGUAUUUAGAGCCUUUGGUUACUUUUGGCAAAUAUAGCGGUUCUGAAGAGGAAUACCUGAAGAGCCAUAAAACCCAAUACUCGGGUCUCACCAAAGAAUUGCCAAAAAAUGUUCACUUAUUAACGUUAGAGCAGUGGAAGGGGUCGUCAUAUUUGCUACGAUUGGAGCACUUCUACCAACAAAACGAAUCGCAAACUCUGUCCAAACCGGUAACCCUUGACCUCAAAGACCUCUUCACACCGUUUGUGGUGACGGCAGCAGUGGAGACGACAUUGAGUGCCACUCAAGACAAGAAGACAGCGAAACGAUUGCAAUUCAAAUCAAACGCCGAAACGAAUCGUUUUGAACCGAAAAGAGUGGACUUCUCUGCGGACGACCUCUCAGUCACUCUCAACCCAAUGGAAAUCAGGACUUUUAUUAUCACUGUUCAGAACCGAUAG